GUCGGUUUACUCGUUUGCCCUUCUUUUAUCGCCCAUUAUCCAAUCCACCACAUUCGUGUCUUUUCUCUUUUUUGCUUGCUUGCUCGCCAUGGCGAUCCCGACGACGAUGCGCGCGCUCGUGGCACCGCGCAAGUGUGGACCAGAAGGCUACGAGGUGAUGGAGCUGCCGGUGCCGAGCAUCACGCUGCCGACGCAUGUGCUGUUGAAGAUGCAUGCGGCGGCGAUGAACACGGGAGAGCUGCAGUCGUUUGAUGGGCGGUUUGGGUUGAUUUACACUCCCAAAUACCCGGCUCCAAUCGGCCUUGAAGGCUCCGGCGUCGUAAUAGCUGUCGGAGCCGCAGUCAAGAACCUCAAGGUCGGCGACCAAGUCUACGGCGCGUACAUCGAAAAGCCCAUGUUCCGCAAGCCCCCCGCCGGAUUCGCCGCCGAGUACGCCCUUGCGGAGGAGCAAUAUCUGCUGCCCAAGCCGGCGCACCUGUCCUGGGAGGAGGCCGCGUCGAUGACCUCGGUGGUGGUGACGUCGUAUCAGACCUGGCGCCGGGGCAUGCAGCUCAUGGGCGUGCAGAACCUGGAGGGCAAGACGGUGUAUAUCCCCGCCGGGCUGAGCAGCACGGGGUCGAUGGCGGCGCAGGUGGCGAGGAAUGUGCUUGGUGCGAAGAGGGUGAUUACGACGGUGUCGACGCCCAAGAUGGACCUGGUGGAGAGGUAUCUGCCGGGGGUGUACGACCAGGUGAUUGAUUAUAAGACGCAGAGGCCGCGGGACCAGGUUCCGCGAGGUAGUGUGGAUAUCAUGUAUAACACGCAGUGGGAUAGCAUGGACGAGGGCAUUCCGAUGAUUAAUCCCAAGACUGGUGUGCUGGUGUCCAUUGCGAGCGCGCCGCAGAAGGAGGUGAUGAGGAAGAUCUUUGGCCCGGAGCGGUUCCCCUGGUGGAUGGGCGUGCUGCUGGAUCUGGCGGGUCUGUUUUAUAAGUGGAAGCUCCGGGGCACGAACAUCCCGCAUGAGUUUGUGUCUGGCGGCGUCGAGAUCCGGGAGGACCUGGAGGCGGCCGGGGAGAUUGUGGCGCUGGGGAAGGUGAGGUCGGUGAUGAGGGUGGUGGAGCUUGGGGAUCUGGAGGCGGUUAGGAAGGCCUGCGGGGAGGUGUAUUCGGGAAAGGGGGGGAUAGGCAAGUUGGUGGUGAAGAUUGUAUGAUUGAUGAGGGAAUGAGGAACUUGUGGCUUUGAGAUGUAGUUUGUUUCAUAUCGUUUGAUCUAGUUGGGGUCGAGAUACUGCCUAGAUGCAUGAGCGAAAGGCCUAAGGUGUGUUUAAUAUGGG